AUAAUAAUUUUGUAAUUUUUCAACUCUUUAAUCACUGUCUUUUUAAACGUAAAAAAAGAGAACAUUGACUAAAGAAUUAUAAAACGCCGAUUAACAUUUAAAAAAAAAAUGAUUUAAUUUUGUUUCAGUUUUUUCUAUAAAUAUUUUCCUUUCUUAUGUAUUAAGAAAAAGCUAUGCUCUGUUGUGGGAUUUGCUUGCAUAGAUUGUAUCUUUCUCCAAUUUUCUUUUCAUCGCUUCACCUUCAACUCUAACUUUCUCUGUCGAUCAACUAGGGUUUGUUUUAACCCAUUAGGUUGAUCUUGAUCUCGCAGGCGCAACUGCCACUGUAAUUGAGGACGAGUAACGUGUUUGAUUGGUUUCUGAGAAACUGAGAUAUUCUGCGUGCUUGUCGUUCAUACCCUUGCUGGGGCUUGGAAGUUUGAAGUUAACAAAAAGGGAUUAACAAAAGAUGCUGUUGAGAAAAACUAGGGAUGAGGAAUGGCUUUCUUGUUCAAUAUGCUCUUUGAGAGAAGCAAGAUUGAGUGUUUAUGUAUUACACAGCUUGUUGUUGCCUAUAUGAAUUUGGUUUGAAUGAGACAUAUGAGGUGUGAUGUCAUGAUGUUGUUUAUACACACUGAGGUUUGUGGUCUUAGUUAGGAAUUUAUACACACUUAUAACACAACAACCAAGCAAGAUAUACUACCAAUACAGUUGUAUCUUUUAGAGUUUAUAUAGUUGAGGAAUGGAUGACGACAGAGAUUUCGAGUUGUUACUUCACAGUUGGAAUACCAAGAAUCCAACUGAUAUGCUUUUCAUUAUAUCUUGUUUUGUGGCUGCCCUUGUUGGAAUUUUGACCAUAGCCUACACGGCCUUUCAAUGGAGGAGAAACAUCAAUCUAAGUUGGAUGAAAGCCAUAGCUAGAUCUAAGAAAAAUCCAAAGGCGAGGCACAAAGUACCAGUGGCCCCGCAUACUUGGAUUUUAGAAUCUGUAUCCCGAGCAAAGAAUUUAAACUGCUGUGUAUGCUUUAAGUCCAUGUCACCCUCUCAAACUCUUGGGCCUAUAGUUGCUUCAGAAGGUUUCAUCCACCGUUGUUGUAUUUGUGGUGCAGUAGCUCAUCUAAUUUGUUCUUCUAGUGCCCACAAGGACUGUAAGUGUGUUUCUAUGAUUGGAUAUGAGCAUGUCAUGCACCAAUGGGCUGUACGUUGGACAGAUGUAGCUGACCAACCUGAUGAAAUUACUCUCUGUAGUUACUGUGAAGAGCCAUGUAGUGGGACAUUCCUCAGUGGUUCCCCUAUAUGGUCUUGCUUGUGGUGCCAGCGUUUAGUACAUGUUGAUUGUCAUAGUGCAAUGUCUAAUGAAACAGGUGAUAUUUGCGAUUUGGGCCCAUUUAAAAGAUUGAUACUAUCACCGCUGUAUGUGAAGGAAUUUAACAGGAACAUGCCAGGUGGAUUUUUGAGCUCAAUUACUCAUGGGGCAAAUGAGAUAGCAUCUUCGGUUCGAGCAAGUAUUAGGAACCAGAGCAAAAAGUACAAGCAUGGGAGUGAACUAUCUGCUGAAUCUGGGAAUAGUGAGAGUAUUGGUGAAAUGUCCAUAGAAAGCACUGGUGAUUCCCAUCAAAUAGUUAACGGCCAUCAUGAAGUGGAUGAAAAAAAUAGCUUGAGCCAGGAGGUUCGGCAUCAAGAUAGUGAAGUAGAUAAUAAGAUGGAUAGUAAACCCAGUCUUAGACGCAAUUCAUCAAUCAAUCAGAAGGAUGAGUCCCACAUGUUAGGAGUGAAGCAGAAAUAUGAGUUGAUUGAUUUGCCUCCAGAUGCUAGACCAUUGUUAGUUUUUUUAAACAAGAAGAGUGGUGCCCAGCGUGGAGAGUCACUUAGAACGCGUCUGAAUAUUCUUUUAAAUCCUGUUCAGGUGUUUGAAUUGAGCUCAACACAGGGGCCAGAGAUGGGACUUUAUUUGUUUAGAAAGGUGCCUCAUUUCAGAGUUCUUGUAUGUGGGGGAGAUGGUACUGUUGGUUGGGUUCUGAAUGCAAUAGACAAGCAAAAUUUUGUUUCCCCUCCCCCAGUUGCUAUUCUUCCUGCUGGUACGGGAAAUGAUCUUGCUAGAGUUCUCUCUUGGGGAGGUGGCUUGGGUCCAGUGGAGAGGCAAGGUGGUCUUAGCACAUUUCUGCAUCACAUAGAACAUGCUGCUGUUACUGUUCUUGACCGGUGGAAGGUAACAAUUAGUAAUCCACAAGGACAGCAACAGCUCCAACCGCCGAAGUUUAUGAAUAAUUAUCUUGGAAUUGGUUGUGAUGCAAAGGUUGCUUUGGACAUUCAUAAUCUGCGGGAAGAAAAUCCGGAAAAGUUUUAUAACCAGUUUAUGAAUAAAGUUCUAUAUGCAAGAGAAGGCGCUAAAAGUAUUAUGGACAGGACAUUUGCUGAUUUACCUUGGCAGAUUCGAGUUGAGGUGGAUGGAGUUGAAAUUGAGGUCCCUGAGGAUGCGGAAGGUGUGCUUGUUGCAAAUAUUGGAAGCUACAUGGGGGGUGUAGAUUUGUGGCAAAAUGAGGAUGAAAAUUAUGAUAAUUUUGAUCCACAAUCUAUGCAUGAUAAGGUACUUGAAGUUGUGAGCAUAUCUGGAACAUGGCACCUUGGGAAGCUUCAGGUUGGGCUUUCUCGAGCUCGAAGACUUGCACAAGGACAGUCAAUUAAGAUACAAUUGUUUGCUAUGUUUCCUGUUCAGAUUGAUGGAGAGCCUUGGUUUCAGCAACCCUGCACUAUUUCCAUAACCCACCAUGGCCAGGCUUUCAUGUUGAAAAGGGCGGCUGAGGAACCUCUUGGACAUGCAGCUGCAAUAAUCACUGAUGUGCUUGAGAAUGCUGAAACAAAUAAUGUAAUAAAUGCUUCCCAGAAGCGAGCUCUUCUACAUGAAAUGGCGCUGAGGAUGUCCUAGAAAUUUUCUCCUUUCCACCCUGUGAUUAGAGAUUUUGUAGUAGUUGUUUUGAGAUUUUUUUUCCACUGUGUGUAUUACUUUUCCAUUUUAAAGCUUGUCUAAAACUUCCUGCUGCUUCUGAAGCAGGCAUGUAUAUUAUGGAAACUUAUACAUAAAAAGAAAGAAUGAAAGCAAAUAGCUUGUGAGUUGAUUUUGUCAAAUUCCUUUCGUGUUUGAAGUUUGAACACACAGCAGUUAUAUGUAUUAUGCCCCAUGCGGCAAUUGCUUACGUUUGGCAUGGCCAUUAUUUUAUGGACUACCAUGUGAGGAAAAAAUUAUUAUUUUCCGGAU